UUCUGCUCCUAACCUGCUCGGUUACCUGAACCGGGAAGCACCUGCUUUCUGGGUCCAGUUUCAUCGCCUGCUCCGCAGAACACUGGAGUUCUGCGAGGUCUAAAACCCUCCCCAGUACCUGCGCUCCACCUCUCGGGGAAAAGGCGCAGGUGUAAGACCACCGCUGCCGCUUCGGCACUCGGCCUCGGCCAUUUCACAGGUAGCCUGAGAGUUAACUAUCCGUUGCCCCGCCGGGUGGAGUCCAGCCCUGGAAGCUAUUUGUUCCUGGUCAAGUCCCGCUACCCUACCGAAGGCAUUCAUUCCCUCCCUCCUCGGCAUUGGGACCAACCCACCGCCUCACUGGCGCGCGCACAUACACACUCGCACACCUGCCCUGUGCAUUCAUAGCUACCGGCACCCACUCCCUCGCUCACAAACUCCCACACCCGGCCACCACCCGCUUUCGCUCGUGCCCAGGUCGUUUUCGGAUCCGCGCUCCCGGAGCCGGAGCCUCACGGUGGGUGCCCGCGCCCCAAAGCCGAGGCAGAGGGGUACAGGGAACGCGAGCGGCCCCGCCCCUGGGCUGGCCGGGAGGAUGUGAGCUCACGCCCGCCUCCGAGCCCCAGGCGCCGCCAGGAAGCGCCCGCCGGAAGCUACGGUCCGCUCGCUACCGACUGGCUGUCGGAGUUCGCUCCUCGUCAGGACUAGGGCCCGAGCCGCUCGCCCGCCCGCCCCGAUGCUACGCGCAGUAGCUGCUUUCCAAAUGGGUACGGACUGAAAGAGGGCGGUGGUGGGGCUGCGGUAGCGCCCGGCGCCGAGACGCCCCGCCGCCUGGGCCGCUGGGAGAGCGCGGGGGCGCGCCCCACGCCCCACCGCACUUCCGGCCUGGCCACGUGACCCCGCACGCACGUGUUUUGACUUCUCGGCGCCGUGGGCCUAACCACCUCCCCGCGGCCCCGGCCGCUUCUCAGCUGGAGCCGCCGCAGGCUAGGCCCGGCAGCGACGGAGACGCGGUGCCCGCUAAGAGGGACUGAGACGCGGCUUCGCCAUGAACCCCAGAAGCUUGUUCCAGGACUUCAACCCUAGUAAGUUCCUCAUCUAUGCCUGCCUGCUGCUCUUCGCCGUAUUGCUGCCCCUCCGCCUGGACGGCGUCAUUCACUGGAGCUACUGGGCGGUCUUCGCUCCCAUAUGGCUGUGGAAGCUCUUGGUCAUCGCGGGCGCCUCGGUGGGCGCCAGCGUUUGGGCCCGCAACCCUCGCUAUCGCGCCGAAGGGGAGGCCUGCGUGGAGUUCAAAGCCAUGUUGAUCGCAGUGGGCAUCCACCUGCUGCUGCUCAUGUUCGAAGUCCUGGUCUGCGACAGGAUGGAGAGGGGGACCCACUUCUGGCUGCUGGUGUUCAUGCCGCUCUUCUUCGUGUCCCCAGUGUCCGUGGCCGCCUGCGUCUGGGGCUUCCGACACGAUAGGUCUCUCGAGCUGGAGAUCCUGUGUUCUGUCAACAUCCUGCAGUUCAUCUUCAUCGCUCUGAGGCUGGACAGGAUCAUCCGCUGGCCAUGGCUGGUGGUGUUCGUGCCCCUCUGGAUCCUCAUGUCGUUCCUCUGCUUGGUUGUCCUCUAUUACAUCGUCUGGUCGCUCCUGUGCCUGCGGGCCUUGGAUGUGGCUGCAGAACAGCGAAGAACACACGUGACCAUGGCCGUCAGCUGGAUAGCAAUUGUGGUGCCCCUUCUCACUUUUGAGGUUCUACUGGUUCACAGAUUGGAUGGCCACAAUACAUUCUCUUACAUCUCCAUAUUUGCCCCCCUUUGGCUUUCAUUACUAACUUUAAUGGCUACAACAUUUAGGCGAAAAGGGGGCAACCACUGGUGGUUUGGUAUUCGCAGAGAUUUCUGUCAGUUUGUGCUGGAAAUUUUCCCAUUUUUAAGGGAAUAUGGGAACAUUUCAUAUGAUCUACAUCAUGAAGAUAGCGAAGAUGCUGAAGAAACAUCCAUUCCAGAUGCUCCUAAAAUCGCUCCAAUUUUUGGAAAAAAGGCCAGGGUAGUUAUAACCCAGAGCCCUGGAAAAUAUGUUCCCCCACCUCCCGAGUUAAAUAUUGAUAUGCCAGAUUAAGUUCCUUUUCUAGAGAGCAGCAUCAAUGGAAUAGAAACCAUUCACAAACACAAAAUCCACCUUACUUUUGCCUCUUUGUUCAUCCAUCCCAGACCUGAAAUUGAAGACAGGCUUCAGACACCAUCAUCUCAUGCUUGUUGAGGACUGAUGCCUGUCAGUGACUCAUCAGGAUAUACUACAGAUAUAGGAGGUUAUUUUACUUUCUGGCUGUGUUUGUAAGUGGUGUGUAUACAUGUGUGAGAGAGCUUUCUGGUUUGGUGCUUAAGGAGCUAGCUUGGGAGCAGUAAGUUAAAUUGCUUUAGUAGGUCCUUAAAUGGAAUAGCCAAUGCAGCUCGGUAUUUUUAUGUGUACUGUACCUAUCAAAGGUAUUGUUGAAAAUAUUAUUUUUAUACACUGCUAGUCUAAAAUUGUAUUUCAGAUUGUGCCUGUUGUGACAUAAUCAAUAGCAAUGCAAACAAUUCUCUUUCCCACUUGUUUAUAAGCCUCAUAGUUAUUAUUGUUAGUGUUCCUAGUGUUAAAACAGUGUUCUCUUUGAGCUUUGCUGAUAUUGGUCUUUAAUAUCCUAAUAGGUGAAUUUUUCUAAUGCCCUGAAUCCAUACAUAUAUGAUAUUUAUAUGAAUAUUUUAGCAGUGUAAUAUAUUAUGUUGAAUUCCAGUUCUGUGCAGCACAAUGUAUUAUGUUAAAGUAUUUUUUAAGUUUAUAUGUGAAGAUAAGUGUUUAUUGCAGAUAUCCUUAAAGAUUGCUUUAAACAUUAGUAUUUUACCCAGUGUGGAAUCUUAUCACAGUACUAGUCAUGAGUAUAGGGAAUGAAAAUCCCAUGGAUCUUAAUAUUCAGGUGUUAGGUGACUCAGUCUGUACAGUUUUAAGGCCUCUCUUAGUACAGGGAAGAGCCACCAUCCUGUGGGAACAGGUGAUAUGUUCCAGUGUAGUACCAGGCCAUAAAGUGACACUUAUUUGGUACCUUGAGUUUUCCCACACAGGUAGUACCAUCUCUUCAGGAAGAACCACAAUAAACAAUAAGUUAUUUGUGCAUAUUUUAAAAUCUUAGAAUAUUAGUGGUCUACAAUAUAAAGUAUUACUUGUCAUUGGAAAACUGGAGAGAGUGGUCUUAAGCAAAAACAACUAAUAGGAUCAGGUAUUAUUUUAAGGAUGACACUUUUUGAUCUAUCAGCAACAGGGAAAUAAUAGGUCAGGCAGUUUUUAAAAUAACUGCAAUGUUUCUUUAAGUACUGGUGGUACACCAUAGAAUCAGAAGGGCAAAACCCUGAUCCUGGGAGAGUGAUGUUCUUCUGACUGAGAACAAAUAAAUAACAUUGAAAAGAAGGUUAAAAUAAAAAGGUAUAGAGAUAUUACUGGGGAAAAGGCUGGAAGGAAUCCUUUUUUUUUUUUACUUUAUUAUUUUUUUAUUAAGGUAUCAUUGACACACAAUCUUUCGAAGGUUUCACAUGAGCAACGGUGGUUACU